AUGGGUAACUUUAAUAUGCUUUCAGGAGAUCUCAUCUCCAACAUCUUAACACGUUUACCAACGGAAACAGUUUUAGACUGUAAAUUAGUCUCCAAAUCAUGGAAUAAAGUGAUAAAUUGUCAACAAUUUGCUCAAUCUCACUUGAUUCGUUGCCUUAACAAUCUUGAUUCUGCUGGUGCUUCUGGUGGUAAGUUUACUUUUCUAUUGGUGAUUGACAAGCCAUUUUAUGCAAACAGCCUAUUUCAUUAUCUAGAAUUUUAUGAUGCAAAUUCUUCUUCAGAGGAGGAACAACCCUGCCAUAGAGUUACAAGAAUGAAAUUAAACCCAGCUCCGUUUAACUAUUACAAUGUUACUGGCUCGUGUAAUGGUUUAGUUUGUUUAAAUGGAAGCCAUGAUAACGAGUGGGUCAACUAUGAACCAGUUUAUGUCUGUAAUCCAGUCACCAGAGAAUGUGUGUUUCUACCUGAAUUCGAGAGACCAUAUGAUUGGGGUGAACGUUUGUUGACUGGAUUUGGUUAUGUUUCUUCUACGAACGAAUACAAGGUUGUUAGAAUGUAUUACUUGUUUAAUGAACCCAAUUUUGUAAUUGUUGAGGUGUAUACACUUGGAAGUGGCAAGGGGUGGAGGAACUUAGGGAAGAAAAUCGACAAGGAACCGGAUCUGUUUGUUACUACUCGUGGUGUAUUUCUGGAUGGGUCUCUUUACUGGGAGCUUGGAGAUGGCAACAUUGUGGCUUUUGAUUUGGCCAAUGAACUUUUUGUUGAAUUACCUAAAUCUUUUCCCACUGGUUGGAAGUUUACACUUGGGGUUAUGGGGGGUUAUUUAUUGGCUGACCACUUUGAUAAAGAUUCGAAAACUUCUGAUAUAUUUCUAUUUAAGAAGUUUUCGGAUGGGUCGUUGGGUUGGAUUAAAGAGUUCAGUAUUGACAACACAGAUUCACAAGAAGUUGUCCAAGAUUCUCUUGGCCUUACGUGUAGGGGGGCAGUUUUAUGUCGCUCAAAAACAAAGGUCCUAAUUCAUGACUUAAAUUCUUCAUCUUCAAAAGUACUUGUGGAUUUUGGCAAGGAUAAAAAAGCUAUAUAUCAAGCAAUCCCGCAUAUGAACACCUUGGUUUCAUUGAGAGCAUUAGGAGAAGAAAAUACAAAAACAAUGGAAUCGGUUGACGUGCCAAGAGAGGUAGAUGAAGAAUACAUGUACGAAUUUGAAAAGAAAGUUGAAGGAUUCAAUCAAAUGUGUAUGCAGCAGUAG